ACUCGUCGCCGCGGCGGCGUCCGGGGCUGGCGUUCCCCUGGAGGCUGGUGUUGAACUAAUACAGUAUAGUUUCUUGUUCUCCAGAAGCUUACAGUCAGCAAGGAACAGAAAGCCAAAUAAAGUAGGAAAGGGUAAGAUGUUCAACGCUGGGCGCAGUGGCUCAUGCCCAUAAUCUCAGCACCGUAGGAGGCUGAGGAAGGAGGAUCACUUGAGCCUAGAAUUUUGAGACCAGCCUGGGCAACAUAGGACAGAGGGUCUCACGGAUGGCCCCGCUGCCAGGAGCAGAACUGGUUCAGAGGCCACUGCAGCUCUACCGAUAUUUGCUGCGCUGUUGCCAGCAGCUGCCGACCAAGGGCAUCCAGCAGCAUUACAAGCAUGCUGUCAGGCAGAGUUUUCGGGUUCAUUCAGAUGAAGACAACCCUGAGAGAAUCCAGCAGAUUAUUAAAAGAGCCAUUGAAGAUGCUGACUGGAUCAUGAACAAAUAUAAAAAACAAAACUGAGAGCUCCGAGGGUGAGCCUUCCUGGCCUCUGGAAGUUGAGAGGCCCCUCUUCUGGAGCUCAGCAGCAGCAGCUGGUUUGGAAGAUCCAUUGGCCUUGUUGGCUGAAAGCCCGAAAUCAGGGGAGAAGCUGACCUUGCUCCGGAGGCUCCUCUUGCCGCGGCCAUGUUGCCAGCAUCCUUUAUGUUUGCACUUCCAGCCACUUACGAUGUGAAAUUUGGGGAGAAUGUAGUAUUUUUUUGCUUCUUUUGUGUGUUUUUUAUUUUUGUGUUUUUGUUCUUUUACUUUUCUCUGAAAGUGAUUCAUUUAUUCUGGAGAUCUCUUUAUCAUUCUCUGAGUCCCAGAGCAGAUGUCCCCUCGGGUAGCAACCUGUACAGAAGAAAGCACGUGGGUUUUAGAACCAGACAGAUCUGGAUUUGAAUCCCAGAUGCAAUAAGAUGAAGGUGAAGUGCCUCACACAGGAUGUGGCACAUGACAGUGCCUGAAGGGCUCCCUUCAAGGAAGCCGUCCUGCCCCGCCCCCUCCUCUGCUCCUGCAGCGCCCUGCACAGCUCUGCUCCCCGCACGCACCGCGUCGGGUCUCAGUUAUUUGUUUGCGAGCUUGCCCUGUCCCUGCUUGUAGCCCCUGAGCCCUCACAGUUGUCACACACCCAGCAGUCUGCCAAGGAGCUGCUUUUCCUGACUACUGUCUCUCCAUGCCUAGGGAAGUCAAAGCCCUGGGCCUUGCCUUCAGGGAGUUGACAGUGUCCUUGAAGUGGUGAAGUGCCCACCACAUGAACCAAGGAGAGACGCCAAAGCAGCUGCCAUGGACUCUGGCCUGUCCAAGCCUCUGCGCACCUGCAAUCUCUUUCCACUGGCACUUCCCUGCUUUGCUACCAUCGUGGAAGAAUGGAAGGGAGGGGGAGAAGGUGGGUGGGCUCAGGGAGAACGGCCAGAGUGGCCAGAAGAUGCAGAGAGAAGCCCCACUGGGAUCUGAGUAUUCCCCAAGGGCACUCAGCCACAGGGAUGAACUAGUGUUUGUUUGUAUCCUUGCAGUUAUGUGACUUAAAGUGACUCAGAGAUAUCUAUGUGUGCGAGUGUACUCCGCUGGCAAUGAAGUAAAUAUAUCAAUUUGUGGAA